AUGGCUCUCAAGAGUCCCUGGCCAAUUUGCAAGACAUGUCAGGCAAUUCCACUUGCAUACUUUCAAAACGAAGAGGUUAACCAGCCUUAUCGCGCUUGGCCAACAUUUGCGGAUUUUGCAGAUUCUGCUUCCAGAGGCUGCCAUACUUGUACGCUAUUAUAUGAAGCCGUCCGGGAACCGUUCAAAACCCGAUUAGACGACGAGCCAAUCUAUCUAGAAAGUGCGAAGACCAGGGUUAAUGAUGAAAGAGUUGUGGUGCUUACAGUUGAUCCCACUACCAUCGCUGAUCGCACCAACUGGAAUGGGUUUCUGCAGAAGCCAAAUGAUAAUGAUCCGCCAAACCUGCAGUUUCUCCCAAUAGCCGAUGUUAAGUAUGUGCGCGAUGCUCGGGAUGUUCCUCAGGAUGCGAGACAUUUCAAAGACCUUAUUAGUUUGUACGCUGAAGACGAUGGAGUGUUCAGAUAUAUCAGACAGGCUCUGACGAAUUGCCUUUCUAACCAUAGCUCAACAUGUGAUCGAGUAAUGUUUCCACUUUCAGGUACAGCUUCACGACGGGACAACGUAGUCAACAUCAUACACGGACACCGUGGGCUGGUGGUAGCACCAACUCGGCUCAUAUAUGUCGGGUCUGAAAACCCCAAAGACGUUCCAAGGCUUGUGGAUGGACAGGAAUGUCUUCGUAAUGGCGGAUAUAUCGUCUUGAGCUAUUGUUGGGGGAUAAAUCCAAAGACAGCACCAUGGCAUUUGAAAGAAACGACUAUGAAACUAUUCACAUCAGAGAUCCCUCUCGAUAUUCUGCCGCAGACGCUGCAUGAUGCAAUCAUGUGGACUCGAAAGCUGGGAGAGCGUUAUAUCUGGAUCGAUGGCUUGUGCAUUCUACAGGACUCCGAAGAGGACUGGCAACGCGAAGCUUCUCGAAUGGCCUCUAUCUAUGGAAGUGGAACAGUAACUUUAGUAGCAGCGUCCAGUUCUGUCUAUGGCGGCAUGUCAGAUCGCCGAAAUCCGCUCCGUAGCAGCGCAGCUAGCCUCUGCCUUCGAAGCGGCUCUGAAGAGUCCACCAUUUAUCUCCUGCCAAAUGGGCAACCUCGAAACACACCGCGACCAGCUCCCACUGACAGUCGCGGCUGGUGCUAUCAGGAAGACUUGCUCUCGAGCAGGCUUGUGAAGAUGACACAGAACUCGGUGGUUUGGCAGUGCGUAGGGGAUGGAAGUAACCCCGCCACUCGUGCUCAAGGCCUUGAACAACUAAGAAAACAUCCCCCCUUCCGAUGGUAUACGCUAUGGUAUCGUUUGAUCGAGAGGUAUUCUAACAAGAGCCUGACAAAUCAUACCGAUAAGCUACUAGCGUUCUACGGCAUUGCUUGCGACAAGGCAGGCUCGAAUUAUCUUGCCGGCUUUCUCAAGAGCGAUCCCUGGGUCAGUCUGCUUUGGUGUCGUGACGAGAAUCAGAUUCGGCGACGUCCUGGCCGCAGGUAUGAAAAGUAUGUAGCGCCUAGUUGGUCAUGGGCGUCAUUAGAUGCUCCUGUGCUGUUCUACGAGGCCAAUGCAAGGCACUGGAGGAAACCACAGCUGGAGCCCUCACCGAUGGAUCCUGAAUUGCAUCAUGCUGAGGUGGAGAAGGCAUUCUUCUUUGACACUGGGGCAGUCAAGGGAGGGAGUGUUGAAAUGUCUGCGUAUGUUGUCACGGCGCGAACCGCGACUGUAGAACCAUUUCUCUUCAACACCAGGCACGGCUUUCACACCUAUGGCCGGCGGAACUGCGUCGACCCUCGCACUGGAGAAGCUCUUGGCUUGGUCGUUUUCGACGUCGCUACAGAAGCGGCAGAUGACAUGACGCUGUGCUGUGCACUCCUGCAAACGGCCGACUUGGGUCUGUGGACAAAGAAUGGCACCGCUGGGCUUGGUUUGGCGCUCAGUAUAGAAGCAACAACAUCCGAACGUCUGGAAUGUAGGCGUGUUGGCUAUGUCCAACUUACUUCGGCCUUUGGCGUACGGUGUUCCAAGCGUCGGCUAAAACUAACUUAG